AAACUGAGGCUUCCACUUGGAAAACUUUGAUAGCUUCUGGUGCAACUAAUUUUUAUUGUGGGGUCACCUGCGAUUCCAAAACAAUUAGCGGUCAAUAGUUUCAUAUGGAAGACCUUUUAUGACACAUAAUAAUUCGUGGCAUCAUUGGAUACAGGAUAGACAAUACGUGUUGACAGAAUCUGUUAUUUAAAUGGUAAUUGUGGUUUCUCGGGUCAGUAUCUUCUCAGAAAAUAUCUUCUACCUUCGUUUAAUUAGGCGAGAGUUACUGAUCCUUCAGUGAGGGCAUCUCACUUCAUGGCCAGACCUAAUGUUCAUCCAUAUGCUACUUCAGUGAUUUCUAUGGAGAAUGACGAUGGCAUGUUUGGCAUUGGUGGAGUUACAGGGGAGCUUCUUGAUCAAAAUGCAAAGGCCUUGAAUCACAUAUCUGCUAAUCUCUCUACUAUGCAGCUACAGGAGAACAUCGGUCUCCUCUGUCAAACUCGUGACAACAUUCUGAAGAUUAUGAAUGAGAUGAAGGACAUGCCAGAACUAAUGAAACGGUUGCCACCGCUUCCAGUGAAGUUGAACGAAGAGCUGGCUAACGCCAUCUUGCCCCGCCCGAAUCUUCCCAUGAAAUGAUCAACUCUCCUGUCCUUUCAGUUGGCAUCACCAGCAACAUAAAAUGGUUCUCAGUGGCAUCAUGAUGCGUUGGAAGUGUCCUUUCAGUUUUUCUUUGUUUUGUUUCCCCGGAAAUAGUCCGGAGAGACAGUUGAUGUAGUAGCAAAAUCACUUGGUCUUUCUGUAGCAGUUAGGGAAUGUUAAGUAAUACAUGGUGCUUUAAUUUUUGUUUGCUUUACAAAUUUUAUUCCCCUCUGUUUCUCCUGCUCUUUCUCUGUUCAUCAGUUACUUCUGAUUUGUGAAGUGGCAUGUGAAAUAAAGUUGGCCUAGUUAACUGUUUUGA